CCCACGGGCUAUAAAACUUAACAAACCAGGGAGGGAGAGUGCACCAUCCCAGAGUAAAAGGACCCCGGCAAAGCACCGACAGGAUUCAGCAGGACGACCAUGUGUGACGAGGAGGAAAGCACAGCGCUGGUUUGCGACAACGGCUCCGGACUGUGUAAGGCUGGCUUCGCCGGGGAUGACGCUCCUCGCGCGGUUUUCCCUUCCAUCGUGGGCCGCCCCCGCCACCAGGGCGUCAUGGUCGGGAUGGGCCAGAAAGACAGCUAUGUAGGUGACGAGGCUCAAAGUAAGAGAGGUAUCCUAACCCUGAAAUAUCCCAUCGAGCACGGAAUCAUCACAAACUGGGACGAUAUGGAGAAGAUCUGGCACCACACUUUCUAUAAUGAGCUUCGAGUGGCUCCCGAAGAACAUCCAACUCUGCUCACCGAGGCUCCCCUCAACCCCAAGGCCAACCGCGAGAAGAUGACCCAGAUCAUGUUCGAGACAUUUAACGUGCCAGCCAUGUAUGUUGCAAUCCAAGCCGUUCUAUCCCUUUACGCCUCCGGCCGUACAACCGGUAUAGUGCUGGAUUCCGGAGAUGGUGUCACCCACAAUGUGCCAAUCUACGAAGGCUACGCCCUACCCCAUGCCAUCAUGCGUCUAGACCUGGCUGGCCGAGAUCUCACAGACUACCUCAUGAAAAUCCUCACUGAGCGCGGCUAUUCAUUCGUCACUACAGCUGAACGCGAGAUUGUCCGUGACAUUAAAGAGAAGCUCUGCUAUGUGGCUCUCGACUUUGAGAAUGAAAUGGCCACUGCAGCCUCCUCUUCCUCUUUGGAGAAGAGUUAUGAGCUGCCUGAUGGCCAGGUCAUCACCAUUGGCAAUGAACGUUUCAGAUGCCCUGAGACUCUCUUCCAACCUUCUUUCAUUGGGAUGGAGUCUGCAGGUAUUCAUGAGACCACAUACAACAGUAUCAUGAAGUGUGAUAUCGACAUCAGGAAGGAUUUAUACGCCAACAACGUACUGUCUGGAGGUACCACCAUGUACCCUGGUAUCGCUGACCGUAUGCAGAAAGAAAUCACUGCAUUGGCUCCCAGUACCAUGAAAAUCAAGAUAAUUGCUCCUCCUGAGCGCAAGUAUUCAGUAUGGAUUGGUGGCUCCAUUCUUGCCUCACUCUCCACCUUCCAGCAGAUGUGGAUUAGCAAGCCCGAAUAUGACGAGGCCGGUCCAUCUAUUGUACACCGCAAAUGCUUUUAAACUGUUGUCUCUUCUCUCCCCCGCCUCCCUCUCUUUUUCCCUCUUCCGUACCUUGUUGCAACAAAAAAACUGUGAAGGUGCAACAAGAGAAACAUUUGUCUGUUUUCAUUCCAUUGCUCUGUCACCAAACAUUACCUGUAGCUUUAACUGAACAAAUGGGAGUUUUUUAAAUAAAGUCAGAAUGUGCCGCCAGUA